AGGUCCCACCUUUUGAACCCACCCUCCUUCUAUCUCCUUGCACUUUUUCCCCUUUUUAAGAUAUUUUUUUGAUGUAUUGUCAGAUAUUUAACACACCCAGAACCAACACACACCACCCGAACAGAUAUUAAAUCUUGAAGAAAAAAGCUCUCAUCUUUAUUAGGGUUUUGUCCUCUGCAACCCCAAAAGAUCUUUGUUUCUGCCUUCUUGAUCUUCAUUUUCUGGCGCCUGAUUGUACGACAAUAGUAGACGAACAACUCUCCGUCGAUCAACUCUCCAUCGGAUCGUUGAGCGGUUUUUUUUUUGUGUGUUUAUUUCAGUAUUGUAUCUAGGUAAGAUAUUUUCUUGAAGAAAUGGGUUACAAUUGUGAUUACUGUGGCGAGGCAAGAUCAAUGGUGUACUGUCGAUCUGACGCAGCCUACUUGUGUUUAUCUUGUGAUCGCAAUGUUCAUUCUGCGAAUCCACUGUCGAAACGCCACAUGAGAACACUAGUAUGCGAUAUGUGUAACUCGCAGCCUGCACUUGUUCGAUGUGUGGAAGAAAAAGCAUCUCUUUGUCAGAACUGUGAUUGGGUAAGUCACAAUGGACCCGAUUUGGAUUCAAGUACACAUAGUCGGCAAACGUUAAAUUGCUAUUCCGGGUGCCCUUCGGCUGUUGAACUUUCUUCGAUUUGGUCGUUUAUGUCGGAAUCUUGUGAACAAGAAAUGGGGUCAAUGAGCAUUGCUGAUAAGACCCUCGAAGGGUCCGAAAACAACACGAUUCAAGAUUCAUCUGUGAACUUUGAGGUCGGUAAUUUGCAGAUUGAAGAUAACUCAAAGAUAUCAUAUAUCGGGACAAAAGAUCCUGAACAAGUGGUCGAUGAUGGGGUCUAUGACGACUACACGAUGGAUGAAGUCGACAUGAACAUCGAGAAUUACGAAGAACUGUUUGGCGUAGGUUGUAACGACCCGAAACAUCUUUUUGCAAAAGACGGGAUCGAUAGCUUGUUCGGCAAGAAAGAUGCAACAAAGGAGUCUUUGAAUACCGUACAGCCUGAAUGCAGUAACGCAGCCUCUGUGGAUUCGUUAGCGAGCUGCAAAACCGAACCCAGCCCGCGUUACGCACACCAACAAUCCAAUAUUUCGUUUUCAAAUCUGACCGCUGAGAGCAGCGGUGGUGAGUAUCAAGACUGUGGAGCUUCUUCUAUGGUUCCGAUGGGUGAACCGCCUUGGUGCACCCCCGGUGCGGGGACCACCACCACCACCACCAGAAGUGACGCGGUUCUUCGUUACAAGGAAAAGAAGAAAACCCGAAAAUUUGAGAAGACGGUAAGGUAUGCGACGAGAAAGGCGAGAGCUGAUGUGAGACAACGUGUGAAAGGGCGGUUUAUUAAGGCGGGUGAUGCGUAUGAUUAUGAUCCCAUGAGUGAAACAAGAAGCUUCUGAGAGCAGAGCAAGAUGAAAUGUUGUUGUGUGAAGAUCUCUGUAAAUUACAGUUGAACUUAGGGUGAGUCUUUGACAGUUUUAUACUUCAUGUAUGGAUGUUUUGUAGUAUGUAGUUUUUCUAUUCAGCUAAGUUUUAAGGUUGCAGUUA